GUUUUCUAUAUAAAUUAUAAGCUGAAUUUGCAGAGUGGAUGUUAAGCUCUCAUUACAGUUAUGGAAAAUCUAACUCUAGAGCUCAAUAUUCAUUCCGCAAGUGAUCGUGUGAAUGUGAAUCUUAUCACAAAGAUGGAUGUGUACGCCAAAAUCACCAUUCAUGGCGAAAAUAUUCGAGAGAGACAAAAGGCGAAAACUACUGUCGAUCGCUUUGGUGGAUCAAGCCCGACUUGGUUUCAAACUGUCAAAUUUCCCAUGAAUGAGAGGUUAGUCUAUGAUGGUCAUUUGACACUUGCCAUGAGACUAAUCUCUCGUCGAGUCCUAGGCAACAAAGAUAUCGGAAGAGUUAAUAUACCAUUACUUGAGCUUCUAGAUUCAGUCAUGCCGUCAAUUCACAAUGAAGGUAACAUUCUGAAGGUGAAAAUGAUGACAUAUCAGGUGAGAACUCUAUCAGAAAAACCAUCGGGAACUUUGACUUUCUCAUACCCCUUUAAACCGGAUUUACCAUUUAUCAUUAAUUGGAAUUUGGUUGGCGAACCUACUUAUCCUCCGAUGACGCGAAUUGAGCAUCCACCUUUGGUUCCACCAGAAUUGCCGAUUGAGUUUCCUAGGCUGCAUGAGCUACCGUAUUGUUCUUUUGUUGCUGGAUCGAGCGAUGAUCCUCUUCCAAUACCAGCCGGCGUGAUACUGGAGCAAGCCAAUCCUGCGUACAACCACACACACCACCACCAUCAUCGAGCUUUCAAGGGUAUGGACUGCACCGUAUUGGACCGCCGGAGAACUAUGAAACCGGAAAUUAGUGGUAUCAACAAUCCAAGAAAUAUGAGGCUGGGCUUUUGGUUUGAUUGAUGGGUGUAUGUUUUCUGUUUUAAUUUUUAAUUUUUCUGUUUUCUCUAAACAAUUUCUUUCCCCUUUCUCCAUGAUCUCAUUAGAUGUAUGGUUAAACUAUUUCUUGUUUCAAUCAUACCACGGAGCUCACGUGAUCUUACGGUGGUCACUGGCUCAGGUGAUCCCACCUUCUCCGA